AUGGGCGACAUCCCCGGCCUCGUGAAAAUCAGCGUCUCCCUCAAAAUCCAGCCCAACGACGGCGCGGUGUACUUUAAGGUGGACGGGCAGCGCUUCGGCCAGAACCGCACCAUCAAGCUGCUGACCGGGGCCAAGUAUAAGAUCGAGGUGGCUCUGCGGCCCGGCACCGUCCAGGCCACGACAAUGGGCAUCGGGGGCGUCAAUGUCCCACUGGAAGAGAAAUCAAGGGAUGCACAGGUGGCCUUUUACACAGGGAUCUACGACACAGAAGGGGUGCCCCAUACCAAGAGUGGGGAAAGACAGCCCAUCCAGGUCAACAUGCAG